AUGGUUCAUCUGGGCCCUGGGCGUGUCCAGCAGGCAGGUGCUGGGAGAGAACCAGCAGAAGUAGAGUCGGGGGUAGGUGUCGCGCCUAAGCAGUCAGCCUUCCGAGUCUCCAGGUUUGGCCAGCACAGGCUGGGGCCUGGAAUACCUCCGGGCCUACAGGGGGCGCUUACCGCAGCAGAGCAACCUCCCGAGUGUGGCUGGGACUGCGCAGUCAUAACCGGUGAGGCCGUGGCUGAGCUUGCUGUCCCCACUGUGCCUGAAGCUGCGUCUGCCAGAGGAGACCCAGAGCUCGAACAAAUAUGGCCUUGUAAAGAUGCCCCGAUCCAGGUGCUGGUGCAGCGCAUCCACCAGUUGCAGGCUGAGCGCCCGUAGGCCUUCCACCGCCUGGGGAAGUAAUACCCGCCCUGCUGCUGAGGUCACCACCUGUACCUGCGUAGGCGCCCGCGAUACGGCUUCCCGUGCUACCAGAUCACAGUGCACGAGGUGACCCAGGCCUUCGCCUGGGAGGUGCUGGUGGUGGAGGCCGAGCUGGCAGGCCCCAGAGCGCAGCCGCUGCUCGCUCGCCACGUGCACAGCCUACAGUAGCUGGAGCAGACAAGCCUGGCCGCGGUGACCCAGCUGCAACUGAUGGGGGCACCAGAGCUCACAGGGCAGGAAGACACUCUGCAGUUGCACCAGCUGAAGAUGAAGGUAAUUAAAACCAUGGAAGCCAUCAACAAGGUUCUCCAGGACCUCAGAUUUGAUGCAGAAUCUGCUGAGUGAUGGUGACUCCCCAGGGACCCUCUGAGGGAAAUGGGAAAAGGGUUGGGUAGUGCCUAGCUCUGACUGCUAGCUGGAUGGGGUGGAGCCCGACCGGGCUGUUAACCCUCUGUGAGGGGGCCACACCUCCCACAAUAAAGAGCCCUUCAUCUGCAGCUGCUCUACUCUCUCUGUCUCCUGGGUGCUGGGGUGUGUAUACCUGUUGAGGGGGCCCCAUAGAGGCAGGGAUGGAGGGUGAAAGACUCCCUCCCCCAAGAGUGAUUAAACUGUUGUUUUGAAUCACACUCUCUAAGGAGUUUAGAACCAGAUAGUUGCAAUCCUGGGGAGAACGAGUCUGAAAUUCUGGAAGGGGAGGAUUUCAAUCCCAAAGGGUCAUUAGAA